CUGUACCUAUGGGCUGUACUCAAAUACCUGCGUUGGGCGGAGCUUCAGAUGCAGUCUGACAGAAACAAACAGCUCCCCGACCUUUGAAACCAGCAGGGAGGGAGACAGAAAGCGGGACAGGUUUGGAUCAGAAUGGCCACAGAUUUGACCCAGGACACGGUGCUUCAGUUCCUCCGGAGCGGCGGGGGCUCGGUGAAAAACGCGGACCUGCUUCUGCACUUCAGAAACUUUAUCCGGGAUAAUCCGGACCGGGUCCGUCUCCGGGAUCUCUUUAAAAAGUAUGUCAACACCUUGGCCACGGUCCAGCAGCUUGACGGCGUCUCCUAUGUGGUUCUCAGGAGGAAAUUCAAAGGAAGGGUCCCGGGCGGAGGGGACGGGGGCUCCUCCGGGCCUCCGCCGCUCUCCCCCGGGAUGAAGGGAGAGCCUUCCCCGGGUAACGCGCGUGUGAGCCCGGCUGUCAGCGCGGAGAAGCCUCGGCAGAAACCUCAGCUCAGUGAGGUAACAGUCUCCGCCCCGACGGGAGUAACCGCCACGAAAACAAUCCUACCUGCAGCUGGGAUCAUGCUGAACAACAACAACAAUGUGGAAACUAAUUUAAAUCUAAAACAGCAACCGGAAAUCAACAAAGCUGUUUAUUAUGUUGCACCAACAGCAGAUCAGACCCCCAGGAGUUUACAGCCUUCUGGCCCAGAACAGAGCUCUAAAAUCGGACAGAAUAUGGGUUUUGGCCCUGCGUUUCCUGUGAUUACACCUGUGAUCUCUACAGUCAGACAUCAGGGAGAAACCAGACAGCAAAUACCGGUCAAAGAACCUCUCAGAGGGAGAGAGGCAGAACCAAAGACCCCCAACUUCUCAGAGCCUAAUGCCCAAGAUUGGAGCAGUAAAGUGGGGCAACAGAAGGUUGGUUUUGGCCCCCUAGAUUCUAGGAUAAAACCUGUAACUUCUGCAGUCAGACAUCACCAAGAAACUAUCCCUGUACGAGAACCUCUCAGAGGGAGGGAGCCUGAAAGAGGUCUUCAUGAGGAGCCCCCAACUCAUCGAGAGCCUCCUCUUCAUCAGGGGCCUCCUCCUCAACAGAAGCGUCUUCUUAAUCAGGAGCCUCCUCUUCAUCAGGAGCCUCCUCCUCAACAGAAGCGUCUUCUUCAUCAGGAGCCUCCUCUUCAUCAGGAGCCUCCUCUUCAUCAGGGGCCUCCUCCUCAACAGAAGCGUCUUCUUAAUCAGGAGCCUCCUCUUCAUCAGGAGCCUCCUCUUCAUCGAGAGCCUCCUCUUCAUCAGGGGCCUCCUCCUCAACAGAAGCGUCUUCUUCAUCAGGAGCCUCCUCUUCAUCAGGAGCCUCCUCUUCAUCAGGAGCCUCCUCCUCAACAGAAGCGUCUUCUUCAUCAGGAGCCUCCUCUUCAUCAGGAGCGUCUUCUUCAUAAGGAGCCUCCUCUUCAUCAGGGGCCUCCUCCUCAACAGAAGCAUCUUCUUCAUCAGGAGCCUCCUCUUCAUCAGGGGCCUCCUCCUCAACAGAAGCGUCUUCUUCAUCAGGGGCCUCCUCCUCAACAGAAGCGUCUUCUUCAUCAAGAGCCUCCUCUUCAUCAGGAGCCUCCUCCUCUUCAUCAGGAGCCUCCUCCUCAACAGAAGCGUCUUCUUCAUCAGGAGCCUCCUCUUCAUCAGGAGCCUCCUCCUCUUCAUCAGGAGUCUCCUCCUCAACAGGUCAAUCUUAACGCUCAGGUCGUCCGACGCCACCACAGACACAGAAAGAGCUACAAAUCUGCUGUAUCUUAUGACGAAGAUGAAGCGGACGAGGAAGAAGAGGAGGUACCAGUUAGGCGAUGUUCAGCAGGAGGAGAGUGGCCCCUGAGCGUUCCUCUGGGGGACACGGCCAGGGCCUUCUCCGCCUCUUCACCGUGCAUCAUAGACGUUCCUUCUAUCGUCUCCUCCUCUUCAUCAGAUAAAACGCUCCCAAAGAUUUACAUCCAGGAUGUGGAGGAGGAAAAGCUGCCCCCUAGAGGAGGCCCAGGCUGGAGCAUGGAUUCAGGGGCGGGGCCGAGAGGACAGUGGUCGGGGCCGGCUCUGGAGAAUGAGACCACCAGACGCAGCUUGCCCCUGGAAUCAGAUCGCUAUAUGCCAUCACCUGAGAUAGCGCCACACUACAAUGUUGACGCCGACCGCCAUUUCUCGCAGUCUGCAGCAGUGCAGCUGCAACAGCGUCAGGGGGCGGAGCAAAGCCACAAAGGGUCAUUGUCAUCAAGCACUAGCAUUAUCUACUCGCCCUCAUCUGACUCAGGCCUCUCCAUUAGAGACUGGCCAAUGUCUAGCUCCCCCAGGGGAUCGGGGUGGAACAGCAGCUUAGAAGAUCUACAUGUAAGAACAGGCAACACCAGGGGUGAUUUUCAAAUCCAGGAAGUUCUCCAGCGAGCCCAAAAGAGCAAAGAUGAGCCUUCAGCGUUAUAUGGCGUCAAUAAAAUUCAGGCACCCUGGCACCACUCUGCAGGACAUCUCCAUGACGACCAAGAACCCAAAGCUCAUUUCUCCCAUUUCUAUCACUCCAAUGAUCAACUUCAUGACAACCAGUCUGCAGCCCGUGUGAUGCCAAAGCACCUCUCCACAGGUGAUCUCUUCGACGACGACCACCACCAAGAGGCGGCGAUAAGCGAUGGCUCCACCUCUUCACCCCCCAUGCGGCAGCACUCGGGGGUCCCCAGGCGGCUCAGCAGUCAUCUGAGGAGCCGGAUGUGCCGCAGCAUGGGGGCCGACCUCGACCAGCUCAUGCAGGAGGAGAUGCGGGGAGGAGGAGGGGGGGGAGGCAGUGAGGCGGCUCGUCUGAACCGCCUCCACAUGAUCUCCUCCUCGCUCAGCCUUCAUUACGACGUGUCCUCGUCCUCGCUGUCGUCCUGUUCAACGCCGCCUCGCAGCCACAGCCUCGCCAACCUGACAGAAGGGAUGGAGGGGAGAAAGAGCCUCCCCGUUUCCUCCUCGACUGCUCCACCUGAAGGCUCCAGUAGACAGUCACAGAUUCCUCUGGAGUCCAGGGAGCACGACUGGUUGGUGAAGGGGGCGGCGGGGGCGUGGCCUGACAUCUACUCUCUGUUUAGAGACGACUCGUCUCUGCUCAACAGACGAGACUUCAUCUCCGGCUUCACUGUGCUGCACUGGAUCGCCAAACACGGAGAUCACCGAGUUCUCAACACGUUAUGGUAUGGAGUCCAAAAGGCAGGUUUGUCCUUCGACAUAAACGCCAGGUCCACAUGUGGCCACACCCCUCUCCACAUUGCCGCCAUGCACGGCCACAAGAACAUCAUCCGCCUGCUGGUCAGCAAGUUCGGCGCACACUUGAAGCUGAGGGACACAGCGGGAAAGAAGCCCUGGCAGUACUUGAGCCGCACGUCGUCACCCGAAGUGUUCCAGCUGCUGGGAGCUCCACCGCGGGCUGCUUUGGGUGGAGGAGACGUAGAAGGAGGAGGAGGAGGAGGAGGAGGAGGAGGAGGAGGAGUCAAGAGGGUGGAGUCUAUGUGGAAGCAUGGGAAGCACCAGCGUCGACGGCAGAAGCAUCACCUCUCCUCUGCUUCAUCAGCAGGGAGGCCUCUGGACAUCUCAGCCAAGGUCAAAAGGUCGUCGUCCAUCGCUGCGUUCCUCAAACACAAGUCGCUGCGACACUUUCACGGACAUCAGUCGGACUCGUCCAUUUAAAACCCACAGCUGAUCUCUUAUCUGAUAGAACUCUUAUUUCAAAGUGUUAAACUAUAGACUUAAUAAACAUGGCUACAGUCUCGGUGACAUCACCCAUUGGUUACUGAAGUGGGCUUUUUGAAGCCUAUUGAUUACGGACAGCAUAUUUGAAAUGCAGCAAUUUUUUCGACCAGGCUGUAAACAUGUUUUUUCUGCUUUUAAAAAUUGGCUUUUUGAAUUUGACGACCAGGGCUUUUAGCCAGCCUCAAGUGGACACUGGAGGAACCGCAGUCUGGAGUGGCAGCUUGGUUAAAACUCUCUAUAUCUACCGACCACUCCACUGAACCUCUGUUUGUUUACUGGCUGGUUUUAGAAACACAAACAAAGUGUAAGGUGGAGUUAAAGUUUGUAUACUAUAUGUUUGCAAAGAUCCUCCAUAAAAAAAUAAUUAACUGGAUAACUUGUGGUGUUUUCACACGCACAAAAAUUCCUGAAAUUCCCAGGCUGCAUAAGUGAACACAAACAAACCAAGUUUUCUUUACCGUAUCGCAUGUAUAUCCUGCGACCAGUGAGCAAUCAUCGUGCACGUGAUGAAGCAGCCUCAUACUCCUUCCUGCUUGCCAGAAUGUUUUUUUCCACUCUUGGUUGGUUAUGUGGACACAUCCAAUUACAUGUCGAAUAGAUAUAAAGGCAAGAUAUUGUUAAAACAUCAGAGUUUACCUCCCAUCUAGGACAUCAUGUAAUCAUUAUGACGCAGAGUCUUUUUCAUGGUUUUCCUCCUGCAGGGAUUUUCUAAGAUUUUUAGGCAUGCAUGUGUGCUGUGAGCUUUAGAUUUUAAAGGCAUGAUCUCAAAGAUAUUCAGUUAAAUAGCCUGAUAAGUUUAUAUAUUUUGACAUAUAUGUUGGUAGCAGAAUCACAACAGUCAGGUUGGAACUAUGAUUCAUCAAAUACUCAAAUGCUGUCAGUGAGAAUAUAGACAUGGAGCAGGUUUAACAGGAUUCACUUUAGGAUCUGGUUCUUAAUUCAGAACAAAGCUGCUUCCACCUCCACUUUCAACAGUUUUGACUCAACCUGAAAGUGUCCUCGCAACUUCUUCUUUUGAGCAAAUAUUCUGAGCUGUUAGAGAAACAAAACCUUCCACUCAACAAGGAUUACAUUUCAAGAGAACGAAGGCAACUUUCUCACAGUUCACUGCCUUUUUGACAGCAGUGAACUUUUGAGCUGGCUACUUUGUCGAGUUCAGUUUUGAUCUUCUGCUGGAUGCUUGGUUAACCCGGCCUGUAUACUGUCCAGAGCCUCUUGACCAGCGAGUGUGUGGUCUUCUGGCUUUAAAAAGAUUACAAGAGGAAUUUCAGUCCCGUCAGUCCAAAGCCUUGAGCGCAGUACAAAUAAAUGCCUCAGAAUUCAGAGAGUGUAUCUCAAAAGGCUUCAGAGUGAGACGUUUCUCAAAGCGAGAGGUUUGAAUUGCAGCACUUUGCAGAGUGCGUUCAGGUUUCACAGUGAUCGUCUGAUGUCAUUGUUGUUGGAGAGAAAAAAAAAAAAAGGAACAAGGUCAAAGUUUAUGAGCCGCAGGAACAAAGAGCUUCAGUUUCAGUCUGCCGCUGUGAUUUACUGACACACUGAGAUGAUACUGCAGCUUGUUAACAACUGAAC